GCUCUCGGCAGUACAUCUUCUCCCUGUGUCCACCUCUCCUCUCGGUAGCUCCUGUGAUCUAUUGGUUUUCUGCUCGACUUCCUCUUUUAAGUGUCGCACACUGCUGGCAGAGUUUCAGCCUUCCUGCUGGACUACAAAGCAGCUCACUCUCCAUGGCUUUCCUAAGGGAGAUCAGCUGAAAACUGGCCUCCUUUAUUCUGCAAGCAGAGAAAAGCUGCAGCCACAAAUUCACGACUUGACUUCUUAAAUUCCACACUGGGGAUCCUUUCAGCAUGAAUGGGAGCUUGAGGAAACCUCUGUGUAUGUGGGGAUCACCCUGUACCACUCUUCUUUCAGCUGGUGGUCUUUAGAUUAGUAAACAUGGCAUAAAACAUGUUGAAUUAGGUUAUCUCUAUUUGAGUAAUUGCUGCUGCCCUUUUAAGAAAAAAGUAGGCCAAUAUAAAAUUGUAGAUGAAUUAAUACAUUAACCAUUCUUUCUUUCUUUAUGUAAGUGCAAAUAUCAUAUAUAGCACUUGAUGGUUUUGUAAAACGCCAGAACAUGUUCAGCGUGUGUGAAUCAGUCAUGCCGCGCGCUCGUUAACAUUCUGCCCGGACAGCGAGCGAUGCGGCGCCUGCGCGGCCUUUUCACAGCCUUUCAAUCCUCUGAAGCGAGUUGAAGAGAGGAAGCCCAGCUCUCUGUUCGUGCGGUAACUGAAAUGGAUGGAGUAGAGAGGAAAAGGACGGAGGCUCAGAGGAGCAUCAUGAAAGAUAACGAACUUAAACGAGACUCCAGCAUCCCUGAGCGCGUGACACUCAAGAAGGAGAUUGGACUUCUGAGCGCGUGCGCGAUAAUCAUUGGUAACAUUAUUGGCUCAGGAAUCUUCAUCUCUCCUAAGGGUGUUCUGGAGCAUUCAGGUUCCGUUGGGAUAGCGCUGGUGGUGUGGGUGUUAGGAGGAGGUGUGGCAGCACUGGGUUCCCUUUGCUAUGCUGAGCUAGGGGUCACCAUCCCCAAAUCUGGGGGAGACUAUUCCUACGUCACAGAGAUUUUUGGUGGUCUCAUGGGGUUUCUGCUGUUAUGGAGUGCAGUAUUGAUCAUGUAUCCCACCACAUUGGCAGUCAUAGCGCUCACUUUCUCCAACUAUGUGCUUCAACCAGUUUUUCCAUACUGCAUUCCUCCAUUCAUAGCCACACGCAUGCUGUCCGCCAUCUGCAUAUUGUUUUUGACAUGGGUGAACUGCUACAGCGUGCGUUUGGCCACACGGAUCCAGGACGCGUUUACAGUGGGAAAGCUUCUGGCUCUGGGGCUCAUCAUUACUGUCGGUUUGGUGCAGAUCUGUGGAGGUAACUAUGAGAGCCUGACCCCACAGGUGGCGUUCACUUUUAAUAAAGCUCCAUCCAUAGGGCAGAUUGCCCUGGCUUUCCUUCAUGCCUCCUUUGCCUUCAGCGGCUGGAACUUUCUCAACUAUGUUACGGAGGAGGUGGUGGAUCCGAGGAGGAAUCUGCCACGAGCCAUAUACAUCUCCAUUCCACUGGUGACGUUUGUGUACACUCUCACAAACAUUGCAUAUUUUUCCUCCAUGUCUCCUGAGGAACUGCUGUCCUCCAAUGCAGUGGCUGUUACUUUCGGUGAAAAACUCCUCGGGGUGUUUUCCACCCUCAUGCCGAUCUCUGUGGCUCUCUCCACUUUUGGGGGCAUCAAUGGUUACCUCUUCACCUCCUCCAGGUUGUGUUUCUCCGGGGCACGGGAAGGACAUUUACCCAGCCUUCUUGCUAUGAUCCACUUUAAGCACUGCACACCGAUUCCAGCUCUGCUUGUCUGUUGCACUGCCACAAUCGUAAUCUUGUGCAUUGGAGAAACUCACAACCUUAUAAACUAUGUCUCUUUCAUCAACUACCUCUCUUAUGGAGUCACGAUUGCUGGCCUGCUCUACUACAGAUGGAAGAAGCCAAACUUAUACAGGCCCAUCAAGGUGAGUCUCCUGGUGCCGGUGUGUUAUCUGCUCUUCUGGGCUCUUCUGCUGGGCUUCAGUUUGCACUCAGAGCCGCUGGUGUGUGGAGUGGGGCUAGUCAUUAUGCUCACUGGAGUACCAGUUUAUUUCCUGGGAGUUUACUGGAAAGACAAGCCAAAAUGUGUAUAUGACUUCAUUGAGUGGGCUACGUACCUGGGACAAAGAGUGUUUUUUGUUGUUUUCCCGCAAUUUGAUCCUAUUGAAAUGGCAGAAUGGACUGACAAAUCUUCCUUCACAAGCAAAGCUUCUGGACCGCUUUGAAUUUUUCUAUCACUUUAAUUUGGCAGCUCUUCACUUAAAGCCCACAAUUUCCAGGCUUGUAGUAGUAGUAAAAAAGAAAUGAAAGAAUAACGCCUUGUUUAUUUCAAUGGGGACUGUAUUUGAAUGAGAAUAUGCUUCCAUGAAACACUGUUUCAGCAAUUAUGGAUUGUUCUGCACUCGGUAUUGCUCACUUUUUUGGUUAGGUAUGUUAUUUCUACUGCAGAAAACUGUUUUAAAACCCUAUAAUUUGCUACAGGGGUUCAUUUGCAAAUGUUGAUACAUGUACAGAAUCUCUCCUCUCUUUUGUAUGAUGUACUUUUCAACCACAUAACAGUUUCUACAGGCACUGUACGCCUCACUGGUGUAAAUACAUUUAAAUAGUUUCUAACUCUUCACAAUUUUGGUCUUUAGUCUGAAAUGAUAUUUUUAGGCAUAUUUUCUUAUUCUUACAGAGUAUGUGAUUAAUUGCUUAAAAUUAUUGACAAGGGAUUGAAUUUUAUAUUCUCCUUUCUUUGUUUUUGUUUUGUUUUUUCACCCUUGGGGAAGAACUUUUCUCAAUUCAUAAAUGGUUGUAAGAAAAUAAAUAAAAUAAUGCUUCUAGUGAGGUUUAUGCUUAAAAACUGAAGAAGAACUUCAAACACUAACUCUUUUUCAUAGUCAAAUGCUAUUUUGCUUUUCAGGUUUAUGUUGUUAUCUAGAUCUAAACCAAUAGGAAUAGAUUGAUUUGCCUUAGGUUGAAAGACCAUACACUUGUUAAAACAAAAGCAGUUCAGUACUCUAUAUUGUGAUUUGUGAUAUUUAGAAGAUGCCUAGGCACAAUCAUUUUGUGGCUGCUAAUAUUCCAGUGGCAGAUAAAAAAAAAAUAAAAAUAAAAACUCACCAUU